AUGGCUUCAUUAACACCCGAGGAACAGCUCUGCGACGACUGCUUCAAGGGCGUCAAGCUCGAAGGAACGCCGAGGGGCAGCGAGGUCAAGAUCGGGCCGUACAAUGCCUACGUCGCUACACCGGAGCAGAACAGGAACGCGAGAGCGGCAAUAGUCUACUUUUACGACGCGUUUGGGUUGAAGCUCCAGAACAACAAGCUUAUCCCUGAUAUGAUUGCAGAGAAGACCGGCUUGACCGUCUACGUUCCGGAUAUCUUCCAUGGUACGUUUCCCUUACCAGAAACGGCGGAGGAGGAAAGGUCCAAGGGAUUGCUCAGCAAAAUCACGACGACGGCAAAGAUGCUGAGCAUUAUUCCUACAUUCAUCAUGAAGUUCCGGCCCGCUUUGCAUUGGGAGGCGAUGACGGAGUUCCUGAACAUUCUGAAGAAGGAUAAAGGUCACGAGAAGCUCGGCGCAGUUGGGUACUGCUACGGCGGCAAGUUUUCCGUGCAUUUCAACGGCACCGGCGACCUGGCCGCCUCCGUCGCGUGCCACCCGUCAAUGCUGAAUAUGGACGACAUCAAGGCGAUCCAGAAACCGGUCUCGUUCGCGUGCGCCGAGGCUGACUCAGCGUUUGGCGAUCAGAUGCGCGCGGAGGCGGAGAAGGUGCUCAAAGCGAAGAACGGCCUCGACUUAGAGUUCGUCGUCUACACGAACACCGCGCAUGGGUUCGCGGCCCGGCCAAACCUGCAGAUCGACGACGUUAGGAAGGGGUUCGAGGGCGCGCUGGCGCAGACGUGCAGAUUCCUGUCCAAGCAUUUGAUUCAAGUUUCGUGA